AUGUCACUCAUUGCAAUGCUUCUAGGAAAUUUCCGACAUCAUCGAGAAAGCAUGAAGAAUGACAAUGUGAGGACAAAAGACUUGCCAGACGAUUUGACGCCCUUUAUCACUCAAACAACUCUUUACCCCGAAGGCAGAGGUGGAUUUGGCGAUGUCUGGAAAUGCGAUUAUAAUCAUGAUGCAAAUGGUAUCUCUGCCCUCGUCAGUCCAUGUGUUGGAUUCCAUUUACAAUGCAACUGGCUGACCAUCGGACCAUUGAUCGAUAAGGUUGCGGUCAAGGUCUUCACACUUCCAGAGCGUUAUGAUCUAGAGAAGAUCAACAGGAAAAUCAGCCGAGAAAUUGGCAUAUUGAAGUUUCUACGCCAUGAAAACAUUGUACCCUUGUGGGGUAUAGCGACAGGAUUUGGACCAUCUAACCACAACGAUCUAACAGCCCCGGACCGUUCACGUAUGCUGGAGGAUGUCAGCGCUGGACUUCAUUACCUGCACUCGGUUCGUGUCAUGCAUGGAGAUAUAACGGGGGCAAAUAUCCUGAUCGACAAGGGGGGGCAUGCGAGGCUAAUUGAUUUUGGUCUUUCCACCAUUACCCAGCCCCUUCUCGGCCAGUCACAUUUGGCCGCGACAUCUAUACGUCCAGGUGCAGUUCGCUAUGCCGCACCAGAACUCGUUUUAUUGGACGAUUGUUUCAUUCUCCAGACUCCUGUAGUAGACCGCCUGACGAUCCUUCUGAUGAUGCACCGGAUGAUUUCCCCAGAGCUUCCCCGCACAGUGGUUCCAAUGACUCAGAUACGGCCUGAACAACCACCCGACAGUCCGCCACUCCACCCUGAUCAUGAACUGAAGGCUUUGACCACAGUCGCGGACAAUUUGUCUGCCUCUACCUCGAGUACUCCUGCAUUUUCCUUACCUGACUUUGCUGUUUUCCCAAGUAUUGGAUUUGCUGGGUCCUCCACUGCAGCAGCGCAUGGGCGCAUUCUCUCGAUGAAAUGUUUCAGUGCUGUUGGGAUGCUGGUCACGGGCUACAUUGCGACGCCUUGA